AUGCCUCCAUCCUCGGCGCCCGCUUACGACUUGAACCCCAAUCUUGACGUCAAGACCAUCGACCCACCAGUUCAGAUCGGCGCAAGGUGGGCACAGUCUUAUCCUUCUAGCUCUUCGCCUUUCGCAGGAGCUGACGUGUUGCCUCACUUGCCACUGCUCAACCUCGCCCAGGGUGUACCUGGUCACCCUCCAACCCAGGCACUGCUUGAUCGUAUCCAGUUUGAAGCACAGCCGGAGAACGCAGCUUGCCCAGCAGGACAUACGCACGGUUAUGGUCCAGUCUUUGGCGACCCAAAGCUUCGCCAAGCCGUCGCAAGAGAUAUCAACAGAGUCUACCGCACACCGGGAAAGGGAGAAAGAAAUGCAGUCACAGAAGAGAACGUCGCCAUCACUGCAGGCUGUAACCUUGCCUUUACUGCUGUUGCUACCUCACUUGCCGGACCUGGCGAUGCAUUGGUCGUCUGCGAUCCAUGGUACUUCAACCACCAAAUGACCAUGACUGCCUUUGGUAUUCAGAUCGCCUCGGUGCACACAACGCCGCCAGACUACUUGCCCGACGUUGAAAUGAUUCGCGCUCUUCUAUCGAGCAACAGUCGCGCAUCGACCAAGACAAUCAAGGGUGUAGUGCUCGUCACGCCAAACAACCCUACAGGUGCUGUCUAUCCUCCCGAUCUCAUUCGUGAUAUUGCUGCUCUCUGCAACAUGUACGGAGUAGCUCUCAUUCUCGACGAAACCUACCGCGACUUUCUGUUGACAGGAAGCGACCUCGACGAUGCAUCGCAGCCCGCAUCUUCCUCUGCGACUCACUCACUUCCAUACAGCUACGCUCGCCCACACCAUCUAUUCGAAGAUGCACCAGCAGGCUUAGCAGAAAAGACAUGGGCUGAUGCAGCCUGGGAUUGGCGAGACACUGUCAUUCAGCUUUUCAGCUUCUCCAAAAGCUACGCUAUCCCUGGACAUCGUCUGGGCGGCUUUGUCGCGCACCCUGCCUUCCUCCAGCAGAAGAUCAAGGACGAUAGUGGAGCAGACAAACUCAUCUUUGGUCCGACCGCAAAAGCAUUGGACAACUUUCAAGUAGCCCCACCUCGCACAGACACACAACGUGCAGUCGCAUGGGCCAUCGAAGAUCCACAGCAACUCGAAUGGCGUAGUCAAGUGGCAAACCAGCUUCGUCAACGCAGACGUGCCUUUGUAGAAGCACUUUCGCGGCCCGUACCGGCUUUCUUGAACUCUGAUGCAAGUGCGCUAGCGCAAGCUUCUACCGAUGCGAGCACGGCCAAGUCGCCGAAAGAUUGGGGGUGGCACGUAGAGUCUGCAGGCGCAUACUAUGCGUUUUUGCGCCAUCCCUUCACCUCGGUGCCCUCGGUCAAGGUGGCUCAAGCGUUGGCAGAGUUGGUGGGUGUAGUUGUGUUGCCGGGAGCAUUCUUUACGCCCACCCAUGCAGAGGCAAAGGGCCAGUCGUCGGGAGCGAGGUUGAGGCUUUCCGUCGCGAAUGUGUCGACGGAGAAGCUGGCCAAGCUGCCAGAGCGGCUCGCAAUUCUGAGCGAGCUGUGGGAUAAGAAGGGCGCUGGAUGGGGGAUUGAUUCUAAGUGA